AUGUUAUAUGAUUUAAUUGUCGUUGGAGGUGGGUUUGCAGGCAUUUCCACUGCAAUCGAAUUAGAAAAGAGAGAUUUAAACGCGAAGGUACUUGUACUUGAAGCUAGUGAGCAGAUAGGAGGUCGUUGCCGGAACGCAAAUAUCGGACCAAAUGGUGAAUCAUCAAUCGGAUUUGGUGCUCAAUAUUUAGGAAUAAAACAGACAAAGAUAUACAAUAUCGCGACUCGACUAUCUUCUUUGAGAAAUAACACAAAAGUUUAUGGUCCCAAUCCAUGGUUUCGGAAUAUUUCAGAAGGAAAAUGGUAUGAUACGUCUGUUGAAACUUCUUGGAAUGGUAUUCAAGCUAUUGAUCUUAAUGCUUCAUGGUCAAAAAAAUUGUCCCUCUGUAAGACAGUGCUUCUUGUAUAUGCUUUAGAGAAUCUUAUUAAUGGUGCAUAUCCAAGCUUAAGUUGGGGUGCACAUUGGUUAGAUAAAUGGACUGUAAAAGAAUGGGUUGAUGCUCAAAAACUCCAUCCAUGGAUCAUUGAAUUAUGGGAAAUGGGUGUAAGAGACAUUAUGAGUAUUGAUCCCAAGGAUCUAAGCUUACUUCAUUUUCUCUGGUACAAUGUAACAAACGGUGGAUUUUUUGAUGAAGUUACAAAGGAUACGGCUGGUGGACCUCAAGAAUUCUCUGUUGAAUGUGGUAUGGGUGGAUUAGCUCAACGUUAUAGUAAGGAAAUCCGUGGUGAUAUUCUAUUAAACUCUCCAGUUGUUGAAGUCAAAUCAUGUGAAAAUCAGGAAAUCAUUGUUCAGUGUAAAAACGGAAAGACAUAUACUGCUCGAACUGUGGCAAUAUGCGUUACCCCCGGAGUAACUAAUCAAAUUAAAUUUACCUCUUUUAAUAAUACGCCUGUUAUCAGUCAUGAACGUACACAUUUAUUUGAUCAGCCAAUUGGCUACAUAGCUCGUGUCAUCUUGCGUUAUCCUUAUCGUUUCUGGCAUAAUGUUUCAAUUCCUCAAAAUCCUAAUGCAAACUUUUAUGGAUUUUCAACAGGGGCAGAUUCAACUGAAUUAGGAGUACAUAUGGAAUGGGGAAUAGAUGUGUCUGAUCCAGCCAAGGAAUCUUAUGCACUAAGUGUAUUUAUUCGUGCAAGUAUAUUUGAUGACAUUCGUACAAUGAAUCUUUCCAAUGAGAAAUACAUCGAAGAAGUUGAACGGCGAUUGAAAGAGGAAGCAAUCGAACUGACACAGAUGGAAGCGGCCCGAAUGGCAAGUAGCGUGGAAUGGUACGAAUGGCCAAAGAAUGAAUGGAUAAGAGGAGGACCAAAUACUUAUACACGGCCUGGGGUAUUAACUAAAGUAGGAAAAAAAUUGCAUGAACCAGAUGGACCGCAUAAAAACAUCUUUUUUGCAGCAGCUGAGUAUGCACCAGCCAAUGUAGGAUAUGUCGAAGGAGCAAUACGUAGUGGUGAAUUAGUAGGGCAACAAAUUUAUGCAAAAUUACAUGGAAAAGAUGUACAGAGUGUAUUAAUAGUUGGCAAGAAGCCGAAUAUAUUGCUUGCAAUUUUGUAUGCCUUGCUAUGGGUUAUAGUAUGUAGCAUAGAAAUAGUAAUAAAUAUAAUUUUAAGAUUUUUAAACUCAAUAAUGAUUCCUGAACACGCGUGUCAAAUGGAUUGGAUUUAUCCAUUGUUAUACCUCACAGUGUUAACGAUUCCUUCACCAUAUGCUUUAUUAGUUCCACAAAUUUUCACAUUUGUUAUUGUUUCACAAUUUGACAAUAUUACAGGAUUCAAAGCAUUGACUGCACCAGAACCAUCUCCAAACCGAAUUUUUGUGCAUGAAAUGUGUGUAAUAUUUUAUUUAUUAGUGGCAUUAUUUCAAUCUAGUAGAUCAGCUACAUUUGAAUGGAUAAUAUACGCAUUAAAUGGUGCACUACUAAUGGCAACAUAUGGCGCAGCAAUAACACACGAAGCUACGCAUGUUGGUGGUAAACUAUACAAAAUAAGAUCAAGUUUUAUAUACUUGAUGGCAAAAUCAAUCGAUAUUUCUCUUGGUAUAAGUUGGGGAUUUGGGCAAUAUCAUUGGAAAGGACAUCAUGUUAAAUUUGCAUGUCCUGAAGAUUUUGAUACACCAUAUUUUAAUGAGUCAUUUUGGGAAUUUCUUCCACGAAAUUGGAUGGGCAAUUUUUAUUAUGGAAGUAGAGUUGAUUCUAUAGUUAUUAUAAUUACUUUCUUCAGUUGUUCGUAUCUAAUUCUUGGCUGGAAAGCUUUAGCUCAUCUUUUACUGCAAAGUGUAGUUACACAAAUAUCAUUUUCAUCAAAUGCGUACACGCAACAUUACGGGUUGAAUCGAAAUUUGACGUACAAAUCAGCGGGUAAUAAUAAAGAGCUUAGAUCACAUACUUGGGAUAGUCCCGGAUGGUUAUUUAAUUCUGUAUUAAUGGGAGCAGGAUUGCAUCACGCACACCAUGUGAAAUAUUUAACAAAGCUAGCAAAAGAGAGUGUACCACUUGAUUCAGGAAUUGGAAUAUUAGAUUCGGCUGGCUUAGCGUUAUUUCCACAAAUAUGGUUUAAGAAGAUUAAUCCGUUGAUACCAACUGAAAUACGGUUAAUAAAGAAAAAUGAUUUGAUUGAAAUGAAUGAUGUUGAACUUAUUAACAAAUCUACGGUAAAUGGUCGAAAUAACUUGAAUCUUUAA